GUAAAAGGAAUAUCAUUUCACGCCAAACGACCAUGGGUUUUGGCGAGUUUGCACAAUGGGGUGAUUCAGCUUUGGGAUUACCGUAUGUGUACUUUACUGGAGAAAUUUGAUGAGCAUGACGGUCCUGUACGUGGCAUUUGCUUCCACAGUAAUCAACCUUUAUUUGUGUCGGGAGGAGAUGACUAUAAGAUCAAGGUAUGGAACUACAAGCAGAGAAGAUGCCUCUUCACCCUACUGGGGCACUUAGACUACAUUCGCACAACAUUUUUCCACCACGAGUACCCAUGGAUAUUGAGUGCUUCAGAUGACCAGACAAUAAGGAUAUGGAACUGGCAAUCUCGUCAAUGCAUCAGUGUCCUCACCGGUCACAACCACUACGUGAUGUGCGCACAGUUCCAUCCCACCGAAGAUCUACUGGUCUCCGCCUCCCUAGACCAGUCCGUCCGCGUCUGGGACUUCUCUGGGCUUCGUAAGAAGAGCGUAGCACCUGGACCGGCUGGCUUGGCCGACCAUUUGAGGAACCCACAAGCGACUGACCUAUUUGGACAGGCCGACGCAGUCGUGAAGCACGUGCUAGAAGGACACGACCGUGGAGUCAACUGGGCAGCGUUCCACCCCUCUCUGCCGUUGAUUGUCUCUGCUGCCGAUGACCGACAAGUUAAGCUGUGGCGGAUGAACGAUGCUAAGGCGUGGGAAGUGGACACGUGCCGUGGGCACUACAACAACGUGUCAUGCGCAUUGUUCCACGCGCGUCACGAGCUCAUUUUGUCCAACAGCGAGGACAAGUCCGUGCGAGUGUGGGACAUGACCAAAAGGACCUGUCUGCACACGUUCCGAAGGGAGCACGAACGAUACUGGGUGCUGGCCUCCCACCCGUCUUUGAACUUGUUUGCGGCGGGUCACGACGCUGGUAUGGUGCUGUUCAAGCUGCAGCGCGAGAGGCCAGCGUACGCUGUGCACAACAACAUACUGUUCUAUAUCAAGGACAGGCAACUGCGCAAGCUGGAUAUGGCGACAAAUCGCGACUCUGCUGUGAUGCAGAUCAAGGGAGGAGGUCGACAUCAGCCUUACAGCAUGUCUCUAAACCACGCCGAAUGGUGCGUGCUAGUCAACUGGCGGGUCGGCGACACGAGCUCCUACGAGUUGUAUUCCGCCCCGCGAGACGGAGGCGAGGCCGCCACCGCAGAACCCGCUCGCGGUCAGGCCACGACCGCUGUCUGGGUCGCUAGGAACAGAUUCGCGGCGCUGGAGAAGAAUAACCAGCUGGUCAUCAAGAACCUAAAGAACGAGGUCUCCAAGAAGAUAUCCACCCCUACUUGUGAAGAAAUAAUGUACGCCGGUACUGGCAUGUUACUGCUGCGCGAGCCUGAUAGCGUGCAGCUGUUAGACGUCCAGCAGAAGAGGACCAUUGCCAGCGUGAAAAUCGCCAAAUGCCGCUACGCAGUCUGGAACGCCGACAUGUCUUUAGUAGCUUUACUCGGCAAGCACACCGUCACUCUCUGCACCAAAAAGUUGGAACAGUUAUGCAGCGUGACCGAAGGAGCCCGGGUCAAGUCCGGGGCCUUCGACGACUCCACGCCGCAACCAGUAUUCAUUUACACCACGGCCAACCAUAUCAAGUACUGCUGUAAGGAUGGUGACUACGGCAUCAUUCGCACGCUGGACGUGCCCGUAUACGCAGUUAAAGUCGUCGCCAACGAGGCAGGCGCUCGCGUGGUCUGUUUGGACCGGGAAGCGCGCCCUAAGGUGCUCAAUAUUGACCCCACUGAGUACAGAUUCAAAUUGGCGUUAGUGACACGCCAGUACGACCAAGUGUUACACAUGGUGCGGACAGCGAAACUUGUCGGCCAGAGCAUCAUCGCGUAUUUGCAGGAAAAAGGCUACCCAGAAGUGGCGCUACACUUCGUCAAAGACGCCCGGACUCGUCUCUCACUCGCAUUGCAGUGCGGCAAUAUAGAGGUGGCUUUGGAAGCAGCUAAGAGCCUCGACGAGCCCGACGCGUGGGACAAACUGGCUCAGUCCGCUUUGGCCACCGGCAAUCACCAGAUCGUCGAGAUGUGCUACCAGCGUACCAAGAACUUCGACAAGCUCUCAUUCCUAUACCUCAUCACGGGCAACCUCGAGAAGCUUCGCAAGAUGAUGAAGAUCGCUGAGAUCAGGAAAGAUGUCUCCGCACAGUUCCAGGGAGCAUUGUUACUGGGAGAUGUGAAAGAAAGGAUACGACUGCUGAAGAACGCUGGACAGAUAUCCCUGGCCUACUUAACAGCUGUCAACCACCACCAAACAGAGGAAGCCGAGCAACUGAAGGCUGCCUUAGAGGCCGCCAGCUUGCCCGUCCCGGCUUCAAACCCGGAUGCUGUGGAGCUGAGGCCCCCGCUGCCGGUCUAUAGGGCCCAGCCUAACUGGCCGCUACUCGCUGUGUCCAAGAGUUUCUUCGAGGUAGCGGGCGCGGCCCGAGCGACGGCGGGCGAACAGGGCGCGGUUGCGGCAGCGGGCGCUGCGGUCGUCGGCGACGAGCCUUUAGAAGCUGCGGGCGCCUGGGGCGACGACGACGACGUGCUGGCUAAGGAGGAUGGCGACGGAGAAGAAGUUAUGGAAGACGCGUGUGAUGACGGAGGCUGGGACGUGGGCGAUGAGGACCUGGAGUUGCCCGAGGAACUUGCCCCUGUCUCUGCGGACAUCGACGGCGGCGAGGAGUCGUCGACAUACUUCGUGGCGCCCACGCGUGGGAUUAGCGCCGCCAUGUCGCCCAAACUGCGGACGGCGCACGACCACGUCGCUACUGGACAGUUCGAGAUUGCUUUCAGGCUUCUGAACGAACAAGUGGGCGUGGUGAACUUCGAGCCGUACCUGGAGACGUUCUUGGGCAUGCUGUCUCGCUCGCACGUGACGUUCGGAGCGCUGGCCAGCGUGCCGCCGCUCACCGCGCACCUGCAUCGCAACUGGAAGGAGGCCAGCGGGAAGGACCUUCUGCCUGUUAUAA